GCAGCAUUCGCAGUACCUCGCCGCGAUCACCGUGAGAUUGCAUCGGUUGCUCUGGCGAGCAAUCGUGUCCAAUAUGUGCCUCGGCACGCGGCCUAUUCUGACCGUCUCUAGUUAAGUUCUAACCAUCAAAUUUGCUCAAGUCAACGCCCAUCUAUCUUUUUAUCUAUUACUCUUUUAUUCUUAAUGUCCGACUCGCAGACUGGUACAGGACUUCGAAUUCGAGGUCCUUCAUUCUUUGGAUGGAUUGCAAUCGUUUUGGCGGCUCUCAAGCUCAAAGAGGCCCAUGAAUACAAUAAGGUUGCCAGCGAUGAAGAGGGUGUCUCUGCAGACCAUCUUCCCGCGUAUACCGAUGGCGACAACGAAGAAGCAGUUAGUCUGCUCAAUACCGAGGUUCCAGCAACCCGUAGGAUGAAGCGCAAACGAUCUAAAGCGUGUUGCAUGUGUUGUGGUUUGAAUUGCUCGCUGUUCUGGAAGGCAGUGGGGAUUGUCUUCGCAGGUUUUGGGCUGUUUUACACCGUCAAGCUGAUCAAAUGGGCUGUUACUCCUGCUCCUACCGGUCUCGAAAACAUGCCAGUAUACAGCAGUUCCCUCGGAUGCCUUGCCGCUCCUUAUAUCUUCGAAGGCGACAAAACCACUGUCCGGGUUCCGGUCGGUGACAGAUUUGAACAUUCCAUCGACAUUCAUGGUGGUGCUGUGGGAACAAUCGUACUCGCUGAAGGUGCCGCAGACUCGGUCGACGUUUCCUAUGACAUUACUGUGAGAACCGACGAUGAGUCUUUGCUCAAACAGGUGUCCCUCGCGUAUCCCACCAUGGAGGAGCAAGUGAAAAACAGCCGUCUGUUAGUCUCUACGCCAAGGUCGGAGGAAUCUUCUUGCAUGCGUUUUGAUAUCGUUAUGUACAUUCCUCCCAACUUGAAGAAAUUGCAUGUGGCCUCGCACACUUUGACCCACGUUCAAUUCCGCCCGGAUUCUCAAGUCGAUCUGGACAACAUCUUCGUUACUUUAUAUGCCACGAAGGCCAACAAUAUGAUUCUACCUCAUGAACGUUUCUUGGCGGAUGCAUUGAUUCUUGAAGUGUAUCGUGGAUGGAUCGUUGGUGACGCCGCUAUUGUCAACAGGACCUCUAUUGUGACUCAACGAGGCGAUGGCGUUGCAAACGUCCGAGUUCAUCCAGUCCCGUCAACGCACCUCGCAUCGUUCGACACCGUGACUGGAGCUGGUCGCACGGAUGUUUCUUAUAUCGAAGACCUUUCUUCUCACAGGCCCAUUCGGGGCGAUCAUACUUCCUCGAUGAACGGGGAUCUCUAUUUGACCUAUCGCGACGCCAGAUUUUCCGGUCUGAUUGCACUCCAUUCCCGUUCAUACAGUGCUACGGGUUUACAGUCCGCAGCGGAACUGCCUGGUUCUGGUGAUGGUAAAUCUGGCAAAGCGUGGACCCACUAUGUCGGGGAUCAGGAUGGCGGGGAUGAGAUUGUAGUGAAUUCUCGAGGGUGGACAGGUCUUUAUUUCUGAAAUAUUACACGCGAGUAUAGAUAGAGAAAAUACCGGUUCAAAUAUUUAUUUCAUGGACU